AUGGAGGACGCCACACAUCCCGAACCUGUUGCCGAGGAGGCCUUGGAACGGGUGAAAUCUGAACAGGAUUUGAGGGAGGAACGGGCUGUCGAUUGUGAAGCUGCUGAAGAGAGCAGUUCGCAAGAUGACGAAUUCGAGAAGAAGAAUGUACGAUCUCCCAUGGAACGGACGCGAAGUAAUUGGACUACCACGACCGAAACCAGCGUGGCAACUGAACUGCCUGUGGAUGAAAUUCCUCGAAAACAAACCUGGAGCGAGAAGAUGAAUCCUUUUAAACAUGCUGCGCUACCACCCAUACCAAAGGAGCGUGCUACGUCGCGAGAACACCAAGCUGGCUUUUUCAGCAUGUURACAUUCCAAUGGAUGUCGCCACUAAUGGGAGUUGGAUAUCAACGUCCCCUCGAACUCGAUGACAUCUGGUCUGUCAACCCAGAUCGUAGCGUCGAUGUGAUGAAGCACAAGCUUCUGACAUCCCUGGAAAAUCGCAAGGGUGGCACAGGCAAAUAUUUCACGCCUUUGGUCAUGGCUCUCUACGACACCUUCAAGAAAGAGGUUAUCAUUGGAGGUAUCUGUCAAUUGAUUGCGGCCCUUGUACAGGUGCUGGCUCCCUUUGUUUUGCGAUACAUUAUCAAAUUCGCCGCCGAGGCGUACGUGGCGCAACAUGGAGGAGCCCCAGCACCUCCAAUAGGCAGGGGUGUCGGUCUUGUGCUUGGAGUGACGGGUCUGCAGAUUAUCCAGUCUGGAUGCAUCAAUCACUUCAUCUACCGCGGCAUGAUCGUUGGUGGCCAGUCUCGAUCGGUUCUGAUAAGUGUCAUUUUCGCAAAAGCCAUGAGAUUGUCCGGUCGUGCGAAAGCUGGUGGCAGAGCCGUGGAAGCCGAAGAAGAAGAGCCCAAACCCGAAUAUCAGCCAGGAUCAAAAGAGGAAAAAGCCUAUUUCAAAAAGCAACUCAAACAGAAUGGCAAGAGUGGUGUAUCCGGGGACGGGGCGGGAUGGGGAAAUGGUCGCAUUGUCAACUUGAUGUCUGUGGACACUUACCGUAUCGAUCAAGCAUGCGGUAUGGGCCACAUGAUCUGGACCUCCCCAAUCCAGAUCCUCCUCACCUUGGCAUUGCUGUUGGUCAACUUGACAUAUAGUGCCCUCUCCGGAUUUGGAUUCAUCUGCAUCAUGAUGCCUCUUCUCGCCUGGGCUAUUAAGCAAUUGAUGUCGCGCCGAAAGGUCAUCAACCAAAUCACCGAUCAACGCGUGAGUCUUACGCAAGAGAUCAUUCAGUCUGUCCGCUUCGUCAAGUACUUUGGUUGGGAAACCGCAUUUUUGGACCGUCUUGGGGAGAUCAGAACACGGGAGAUUAACAAAAUCUCAUUCUUGUUGAGCAUUCGAAAUGCCAUCAUGGCUGUGUCUCUCUCCCUACCCAUCUUUGCUGCAAUGCUGGCCUUCAUCACAUACUCGCUCUCAAACAACGCCCUGGAUCCGGCCCCUAUAUUCUCCUCCCUCGCAUUGUUCAAUGCCUYGAGGAUACCAUUGAACUUGCUUCCCAUGGUUAUUGGUCAAGUAGUCGACGCACUUCAAUCGAUGAAGCGCAUCGAAGAAUUCCUUGCCGCAGAGGAGGCACAAGACGACGCGACUUGGGACCAGCAGGCACCCAAUGCGAUUGAGAUCCACAACGGCGAUUUCACCUGGGAGAGGAAUACGAGCAAUAUGAAUGAUGAUAAGCCCGGACAAGAUCCCAAGGGAAACAAGCAGUUGAGGCAGGACAAGAAGGACGCCAAGGCAAAGGCCAAAUCAGACAAGCAGCACUCCAAAAUGUUGGAGAAGGAGAAGCUUGAAAGCGUCCCAGGAAGCCCGAUCACCCCGAGCUCUGCAUCUCUUGAAGAAGAGGAAGCGAAGCCGUUCGAGGUGAAUGGUAUCAACUUGACACUUGGGAGGGAUGAGUUGAUUGCAGUCAUAGGAUCUGUUGGUUCUGGGAAAAGUUCGUUGCUUGCCGCGCUCGCUGGAGACAUGCGUAAGACCAACGGCAGCGUGACUUUUGGCGCCAAUCGUGCAUUCUGUCCGCAAUACGCCUGGAUUCAAAACGCCACUGUCAGAGAGAACAUCAUCUUCGGCAAGGACUACAAUCGUAAAUGGUACGACAGCGUGGUUGAUGCCUGUGCACUUCGUCCUGAUUUGGAGAUGUUGCCAGCUGGAGAUGCGACGGAGAUUGGUGAGCGUGGUAUCACUGUUUCUGGAGGCCAGAAGCAGCGUCUGAACAUUGCCCGAGCAAUCUACUUUGAUGCUGAUAUUGUGAUCAUGGACGAUCCGCUCUCGGCUGUGGAUGCUCAUGUUGGAAAGCAUAUCAUGGACAAUGCAAUUUGUGGACUGCUCCAGCACAAGGCGCGUGUGCUGGCCACCCACCAGCUUCACGUUCUUCACCGCGUCGAUSGUAUCGUGUGGAUGAAGGAAGGUUCCAUCUACAAGAUCGCAACGUUCCCAGACCUCAUGGCAAACGACGCGGAAUUUCAAAAGCUCAUGGAGACUACCGCGACGGCCGAGAAGACUGAAGAUGAGGAACAUGUCAACGAAGAUGAAGUUGAGGAGGAGAAGAAAGAUGCCAAGAAGAAGAAAGGUCGCAAGCCCGCGGCUGCUCUGAUGCAACAAGAAGAGCGUGCCGUGAAGAGCGUUGGGUGGAACGUCUACGCCGCCUACAUCAAAGCAUCCGGAUCCUACUACUCGGCUCCCCUCGUGUUCUUCCUGCUCAUCAUUUCUCAAGGAGCCAACAUCGCGACAAGUCUGUGGCUCUCCUGGUGGACAUCUGGCAAAUUCGGCCUGACAGAAGGUGUUUACAUUGGCGUGUAUGCUGCACUCGGUGUGGUGCAAGCACUGCUGAUGUUUGCUUUCUCCGUCGCUUUGACGAUUUUCGGAACAAAAGCCAGUAAAGUCAUGCUGAACCGCGCCAUGUUCAGAGUGCUGCGAGCYCCAAUGUCUUUCUUCGACACUACACCUAUUGGACGCAUCACCAAUCGAUUCUCCAAGGAUGUCGACACGAUGGACAACGCCCUCACUGAUGCCCUGCGCAUGUUCUUCCUGACCAUGUGCAUGAUCAUUUCCGUCUUCAUCUUGAUCAUCGCGUACUACUACUACUUCAUCGUGGCCUUGGUUCCAUUGAUCGUAGCGUUCCUCUUCUCGGCGGCAUACUACCGUGCUUCCGCCCGCGAACUCAAACGACACGAAGCAGUUCUCCGUAGUGUGGUAUUCGCCCGCUUCGGAGAGGCCGUGAAUGGAACCUCCACGAUCCGAGCAUACGGUGUCGAGGACCAAUUCGCAAAGCGUGUCAACGAUUCCGUCGACUCCAUGGAUGGCGCCUACUUCCUCACCUUCGCCAACCAACGCUGGCUGUCCACACGUCUCGAUGCUUUGGGAGUCAUCCUAGUCUUCACGGUGGGAAUUCUGGUCGUCACCUCCCGUUUCUCCAUCAACCCCAGCAUAGGCGGCCUGGUCCUCUCCUACAUCCUCUCCAUCGUCGGCAUGGUCCAAUUCACCGUCCGCCAACUGGCAGAAGUAGAAAACAACAUGAACGCCACCGAGCGCAUCCACCACUACGGCACAGAACUAGAAGAAGAAGCUCCCCUGCACCUCGGAGACGUCCGUCCCAGCUGGCCAGAAAAAGGCGAAAUAAUCUUCGACAACGUCCAAAUGCGCUACCGCAACGGCCUCCCCUUGGUCCUCAAAGGCCUCUCCAUGCACGUCCGAGCCGGCGAGCGCAUCGGCGUCGUAGGCCGCACAGGAGCCGGGAAAUCCACCAUAAUGUCCACCCUCUUCCGCCUCGUCGAACUCUCCGGCGGAAGCAUCUCCAUCGACGGCCUCAACAUCGCCCAAAUCGGCCUACACGAUCUCCGAUCCAGAUUGGCCAUCAUCCCUCAAGACCCCACUCUCUUCCGCGGCACCAUCAGAACUAACCUCGACCCUUUCAACGAACACACCGAUCUCGAAUUAUGGAGUGCUCUCGGCCAAGCAGAUCUCGUGGGCGCUUCGCAAACCAUGGAAGACGAAGCAGGACGCAUCCACCUCGACACGGCCGUCGAAGACGAAGGGCUCAAUUUCUCCCUCGGACAACGACAACUCCUCGCUCUAGCGCGCGCUCUGGUGCGAAAUUCCCAAAUCAUCGUCUGUGAUGAAGCGACGUCUUCGGUGGACUUUGAAACCGAUCAGAAGAUUCAAAAGACUAUUGUGAGGGGUUUCAAGGGCAAGACGUUGUUGUGUAUUGCGCAUCGCUUGAAGACGAUUAUUGGGUAUGAUAGAAUUUUGGUCAUGGAUCAGGGAAAUGUCGCCGAGUUGGAUCGUCCGGUGGAUUUAUAUGAUCGAGGGGGCAUUUUUCGCGGAAUGUGUGAUAGGAGUGGGAUUCGGAGGGAGGAUUUCUUUCAGAGUGAGGAGGCGAGGUUUGCGGCUGAAAGUCCUGAGAUGGAGAGGACGCAGAGUUCUGUGAUGAGGAUUGAGAGGUGA